CUCCCGCUGGCUUCGGCCUGUCCUGGCCGCGGCUCUCCGCGAAGGUGCGCCGGGCCUUGACGGGGCCCCCGAAGAGGCUCGGCUCGGCUCGGGACGCAGCUCGGCCCGAGGAGGCAGGCGAAGCGCUCUCCGUGCGCCGCCCGGGCCCCCGUCUCCCCUCCCCGCCUGAGCCCCAAGCAACUUUCCGAGGGGGAGAGGAAGCCCGGGCCGGGGCCGGCGGCGGGCUGAGGAGGGCCGGGCUCGGGGCGGCGCCGCCGCCGCUCCUCCUCCUCCUCCUCCUCGGAACCCGGAGCUGCGCCGCGUUCGGCGGGGGAUUGUGGCGCGCCGCGGCCGCCUCGACGACGCAGGCGAGGCGAGGCGAGGCGAGGCGGGCCGAGCGGUCGCCGCGGCGCUCCAUGGCGGGCCCCCCGCGCUGGCUGGCCGUGAGCCUCUUCUCGGACCAGGGCGGCAGGAAAUACAUGGAGGACGUGACCCAGGUGGUGCUGGAGCCCGAGCCCGAGCCCGAGCCGCCCUGCCCGCCGCCGUCGCCGUCGCCGGGCGGGGGGCGCUCGGUGGCCUUCUUCGCCGUGUGCGACGGGCACGGCGGGCGGGAGGCGGCCCAGUUCGCCCGCGAGCACCUCUGGGGCUUCAUCCAGCGGCAGCGGGGCUUCCGCUCCCGCGAGCCGGCCGCCGUCUGCGCCGCGCUGCGCAAGGGCUUCGUCGCCUGCCACCGCGCCAUGUGGAAGGAGCUGCCAGAAUGGCCGAAGACCAUGACAGGCCUUCCUAGUACAUCUGGGACGACUGCCAGCGUGGUGAUAAUCCGGGGGUCGAAGAUGUACGUGGCUCAUGUUGGCGACUCGGGAGUGGUGCUUGGAGUCCAAGAUGACCCCAAAGAUGACUUCAUCCGGGCUGUCGAGGUGACGCAGGAUCACAAACCUGAGCUGCCAAAGGAGAGGCAGCGAAUCGAAGGGCUUGGGGGCAGUGUGAUCAACAAAUCCGGUGUGAACCGUGUCGUGUGGAAGAGGCCUCGUCUGACCCACAACGGUCCUGUGCGGCGGAGCACAGUCAUUGAUCAGAUCCCGUUCUUGGCGGUGGCUCGUGCCCUGGGUGAUCUGUGGAGCUAUGACUUCUACAGUGGUGAAUUUGUGGUGUCUCCCGAGCCAGACACGAGUGUGCACACACUGGAUCCUCAGAAGCACAAAUACAUCAUCCUGGGAAGCGACGGACUGUGGAACAUGAUCCCUCCUCAAGAAGCCAUUUCCAUGUGCCAGGAGCAUGAGGAGAAGAAGUACUUUACGGGAGAGCACCAGCAAUCGUUGGCCAAAAUGCUGGUGAACAGAGCAUUGAGCCGGUGGAGGCAGCGCAUGCUCCGUGCAGAUAACACCAGCGCCAUUGUGAUCAGAAUCUCUUCAGUGCGGAGCAGCCGGAGCGAUUUGGACAACAGUGAGGAACUGUGCUUCAGCUUAGCGGAGGGGUCAUCUUACCACAGCCCAGAGACAUGGACGACGUCUCCUUCGCGGUGCUCCACGCCACCCAUCAAGGUUUUAGAAGAGGACUUGUGGCCACGGCUGACAUCCACCGAGGCUGUUCCUUCACUUACACGUACCAAUACAAUGUUGGGUAAGCCUUCUGAGACACCCAAUGAGAUCGCCAAGAGCAAUGCGUCAUUACCAGUAAUGUUUCCCAAGGAUGUUGGUCCAAAGGAAGAAAAGAACGGUAAAGUGCUUGGAUUGAGGGGGCGGGAAUCACACAGCAAAAGCCCUCAAGGUACACUCUCUCCUUCCAAUUCUGGGAACACUAGCAUGGACCCAAAGGUCUUCCGUACCCCUCUGAGUGAGCCAGCAAAAGCGCAGGAGUCCGAGAGGACUCUAGCAAGCUUCAAAAGGACAUUGGAAGAAUCCAACUCGGGGCCAGCAGUCAAGAAGCCCAGGCGAAGCCUAUCCCGGAAUAUCGGCGUCCAGCCUGAAAGUUUGUCCUCCACAUCCCAGCACAAAACCUCCAGCAAGCUCACUAUGCGCCGUAGCCUACGAGGACAAAAGAAACUGGGGGCUCCACUGUUCCAGCAGCCUAGGAAAGCACUCUGUGUUUGCUGAACGGCGUUUGCAGAGGUGCAAUUCGUCCCCCACCCAGUUUGAAGUUGGUGCAGAUCUUUGAAACUCUGCAAUUCCUCUCUCUUUUUAAAAAAAGUAGAAAAGUCUUUUUUUUUUGAGUUUUCAGACAGCUUUAUCCCUCCCUUUGUACUUGGUUGUAAUAUAACUGUGAAUUUUGUAGAUGCUAUUAGGAUUAAAAGGAGUUGCUGUAAAAAUGUGUGUAAAUUUAUAUUCCUUCAUACAAAUAUAGUCAGUCUCUUUCUCUCUUUCCCAAUCUAACUUCACUUUGCAUAAUCUUUACAAACAGGGCUAAACUUCUAUUGGAUUUUUUGUUUGUUUUGAAUGAUUAUCUUCUUUGUGGGGAAAGGUAGGCUAAUUUAGUACAAAGUCUUGGAUUUGUAUACGCUUCAUGUGACGACUUCACAACCUUUUUUUAAAAAAAAGUAAAUUAUUAAACAGAAUGGAAGAUAUGUAUUUUCGUAGUACUUAAUAUGUUCUGCUUGGCAAGUGUGUACUUUUAGAGAAUAUAAUACUAGGUCUAUUUUCUUUUUUAGCUUUUAAAUUUCUCUAUUCAGAAAUGAAAUGGAAGAGACAUUGAGUCCAUACACGACUCAGUGGUGGUUCCCCAUAUUUUAAUCACAAUACUAUGCAGUACUUAUUUUGGUUAUAUUUUGUGUUUGUUUUACAAGAUGGAGGGCCAAUAUGGUAGGGCCCCUCCCCGACCCGCGCAAGUGAUUUCCUUCAUUAAUUCAUGGCUCCUGGGAGCUGCUUUUUGAAAUGUUCUUCAGCUGCACAUCUGGAAAUACUACACAUUCCUUUAAUAUGAGCAUGAGAGAUUUUACUAUUUCAACAAUGGAUGGUGCUCUUGAUGGUGUUUUUUCCACCACAAGUUCUUAAGUUAUUGGGAUGGUUUUAUAGUUCUCAUUAUGUGGACCAUGUGUACUUACAAUGAAAUAAAACUAGCCAAAAACUUA